AUGGAGUGCAUGCGCAAGUGCUGGGUGAACGACGUCAUCGACGAGCACACGUUGACGUGGUGCAACGGCUUAUCGGAGUUUUUACCGAUUCGAAACGUUCGGGGUUUGCAAAGACACAUCGAGAAUCCAGCGACGAAGCUGCAUAAAUUUUUCGUGAGAACGUUCGUACGAACGGAGAAGAUGCUGGACGAAGCGAGAGCGAAGCACGUGGAGGAAGGGAGAAGUCAAGGCGCGAAAGGGUCGAUGGAUAAGGCGCAAAUCCAGCAGUCGUGGGAGGAGAGAGUCAAUUUCGCCAAGAGACGCGCGUUGGAGAGGAGGAAAGAGAUGUUGGAGAAGCACGGGAAGGAGAACUUGGACGAGGUGGUGGACGUGAGAACGAAGAAGUUCAUGGGGAUACCGCAUAGUUGGUUGAAGAAGAAGGACGAAGAAGAGUCGCGCGAGGACGACGGAUUGGAUAGAAAGUAA